AUGUACCUGAGGAGUGUUGCCCGCGCCCCUUACUUGCGCUGUGCCGCGCUGCGGCAGUGCCCACAGGGGUUAGUUGGGCAGAGGCCAUCGGGAUGGCGCCAUUACAGAGCUGUGAUCUUUGACGCCGGCGGGGUGCUCCUCCCAUCCCCUUACAAGACAGCCGCGGACUGGGAGGCCCAGAAUUGUGUUCCAGCUGGCACCAUCCAGCAAGCUAUACUCUCCGGAGGGGAAAAUAGUCCAUCUCGGAAGUACACAAGAGGAGAGCUGUCGACGGUGGAGUUUUUGCAGGAAUUGGGACAGCAGUGCUUUGAGAUUGCAAAUGUCUGUGUUCCAGUGGAGUCUUUUCUCUCGGACUUAAUCAGAAAGGAGAUGAUAAAACAGCUCCCCAUAAUGGCAGAAGCAGUCCAGUGUAUCCGUGCUGAAGGUCUCAAGACAGCUCUUCUGAGCAACAGCUUCUGUCUGAUGAAUGGCGAGAGCUUUCUGCCCCUGGACCGAGAGCACUUUGAUGUGAUGGUUGAAUCUUCUCGGGAAGGAAUGCGCAAGCCAGAUCCUCGGAUCUACAAGCUGUGCGUGGAGCGCUUGGGCGUUCAGCCCCAGGAAUCCAUCUUGGUCGACAACAGCAGCCAGAGCCUGAAAGCAGCAGCCCAGCUUGGCAUUCAAACGGUGAAGGUCGAUGAUCCAGAAGCAGCACUCAAAGAGCUGGAAACCUAUCUGGGUUUUCCUUUGCAAGGGUUUGUUCCAUAUACUCGUUCAGUGAGAUCAAGCAUGGAAAUCCCAAAAGAUCGUCUGCAAAAAUACCUUGAAAAUGUUCUCUGUGACCACGCAGCAGGCCCACUAGUGUUACAGCAGUUUGGCCACGGACAGUCCACCCGGACUUAUUAUGUCAAGUUUGGAGAUCACUCGCUGGUGCUGAAGAAGGAGCCCUCUGACAGCCCGCAGCCCUUGGGCCCCACUGUGGGACGGGAAUACAGCUCUCUGACUCGCCCCGGCAGGGUCCUGAAGGCACUCGCUGCGGCUGGUGUUCCUGUUCCUGCUGUACUUGCUCUCUGCGAGGACAGAAGCACCCUCGGCACACCUUUCUACCUGAUGGAGCACCGUGCUGGCCACGUCUACAGCGACAUCUCCCUCCCCACGCUGCCAUCCAGCCAGCGCAGGGCUAUCUAUGCUGCCAUGAGUCAAGUCCUCUGCAAGAUCCACAGCGUAGACCUCAGAGCAGCCAAGCUGGAGGACCUCGGGGAGCAUGGUAAUUACAUUCAGCGGCAAGUUGAGACCUGGACAGAGCACUAUAAAGCUGUGGAAACUCGUGUUAUCCCAGCCAUGGAGAGACUCAUUGAGUGGCUGCCUCUGCAUUUUCCUGAAUCUCAGAAGACGACUGUGGUGCACGGUGAUUUCAGGAUGGACAACCUGGUCUUUCAUCCAGACAGGCCAGAGGUCCUUGCUGUCCUUGGCUGGAAGCGUUCAACUCUAGGUGAUCCCAUCUCUGAUUUGGCGAAUAACUGUAUGGCCUACUUCCUGCCACCUCACUUUAAUGCGCUGAGAGGCUUGGGGAAGCGUGAUUUGGGGCAGCUGGGAGUCCCCACGGCAGAGGAGUAUUCCCGCAUGUACUGUGGCCACAUGGGAGUGGAGCAUCCUGAGAACUGGAAUUUCUACAUGGCCUUUGCCUUUUUCCGUCUGGCUGCAAUGCUGCAGGGACUCUACAAACGCUCUCUGGAAGGGAAGCCAGCCCCAGGUGAAAGCAGCCCGGAGGAUGCAGAGUUCGUGGCUGACCUGGCUUGGGAUUUCGCCAUAAAAGAAGGAUUCCGUGUGUUUGACAGCCUCCCCACCACAAAGCCUCUCGCACGACGGUACAGCACCUGGGCCAGGCCAGGGCCGCUCCUCAGCAGGACCUGUGGUACCUGGCCACGUCCUGGGGCAGCUCCUGUGCCCAAAGUCCGCCUGGUCGCUCCCCCCACCAGCCUGCUGGGCAUGGCCGAAAGUUUUUGCUGCAAGCUGGAAAAGAUUGUGGGCGUCUGGUGGAGUUUUCUGAUUUCCCAGCCCAGACGGACUCCACAUCAUCUUCUAGAGCGGAAGGGGCUGUCCCUGCAGACGUCCCUGUCAGCAAACAGUCGCCUGCGCAGUGAUAAGCCAAGUGUGGUCGGCAUGCUGCUGGUGGCCGCGGCGCAGCUCAGUGUGCCCGUGGCUCAAGGCUGGCUGGUGUUGCAAACAGAUUUGCUGGGAGUGGUGUCACAAGCAGAGAGUGCCAGGACCAAAGCAGUGGCUCUGACGAUGACUGUAGUGGCCAUGGAUCGGGACAGCCAG